AUGGCGUCGUACACCGCCGCGGAGCUGAGCGACUUCUGCGUCAAAAAAACAAAAAUGAGAUGCAAGGCUUACGACGGCGGCCCGGAGUACGCGAAGCCGAUGUACAUCCACGGCGUCUUCCCGAACGGCGAGGUGUCGUUGGGCUUUAAACGAGGCAAGGGCGGCUACUACGACCCCGCGCUCUUCUCCGACGUCCUCGCGCCGUACGACGCGGAGCCGGCGGCCGCGGCGGCCGCGGCCGCGCCCGAGCCGGACGCGCCCGACGACGCGGCCCCGGUCAUCGCGGACCGGACGUGCGCGGUCAUGGACGCCUGCGGCUGGUGGGCCGAUUGCCAGAACCAGCACUCGUCGACGGACGCGGCGCUGCUGGAGCUGCUCGACAACGUCGACGACGAGGCGCCCACGCGCUUCGAGGCCGCCGUCCGCCGGCUCGGGGCGGAUCGCCUGGGCCUCGGCCUGCGCAACGACGUGCGCGGCCCGGAGGUCGCGCGCGUCGACCAGGCGGUGACGCUCGCGCGUUCGCUGAAGCGCGGCCGCGACCACUCGCAGCUCAUCGGCGAGAACGGCGUCGGCCUCAAGGCCGCGGCGGCGAAGUUGGGCGCCUGCGCCUUCGCGCUCAGCGUCCAUCCGGCGCAGAUCGGCGAGCAGAUCCGGCGGGAGGACGGCGUCGCGGAGGCCGCGCCGCUCGGCAGCGCGGUGUUCACCGUCGGCGUGCUCGCCCGGUCCCUGCAGGAGCACGGCCAGGCGCCGUGUCUGCCCGUGUGCAGCUUCUUCUCCGCCCUCGCGGCGGGUGACAUCGCCGCGGCGUGGCGGAGCGCCAAGGGCCGGCCCGCGGGCAAGCUCGUCGAGAAGGUCGCCGAGGAGCAGGGCUUUUCGGUCGCGGAGGCCUGUCGCGAGCUCGGCGCCUUCUGCCUCGACGACGCCGGCGCGCCGCGCGACGCGUCGCGGCCGUCGGCCUUUGAGGUCGUGCUCGCGGAGACGGCCCUGCCGGCGCACGACCUCGCGGGCCGCCUCAAGGAGCUGCUCCGCGGGCCGACGUACUUUGAGCGCGGCUACGAGGCUGUCGCCGUCGACCCGAGCGGCUCGGAGACGGUGGCGCCCCACAGCCUGCUCGCGACCCUGCUCGAGCCCGCGCGCCGCGAGAUCAAAGUCGGCCCGGCGGACGACGACGUCGUGACCGUGCUCGUCGGCUUUUGUUUGGCGCCGGCGGACGUCGCGGCGGCCGCGCGGCCGAGCCCGCUCCUCGUCUACACAUGCGGCCGGCUCGUGGAGCGCCACGACGACUGGCGCCUGGCGCUCGAUCUCCAGGAACUGACGCAGCGCGCGUAUCGCAAGGAGUACGCCUUCGGCCUCACCGUCGUCAUCAUUGACGAGAAGAAGGUCCUGGAGAAGACGCACACGAAGCAGCAGAUCGUCGACGACGAGGCGUACCGCGCGGCCAAGAACGCCGCGGCGCGCUUCGCCGCGAGCUACUACGUCGCGUUCCACAAGCGGACGUGGGUCGGCGGGGGCGGAACGGGGAUGCGACUCGAUAUCGCGACGCACCUGGCCUACACGCUCGACACCUGCGCGGACCGCGCCGCGGAGCGCGAGCCGCUGGACCCGCCGCGGCUGCGCGACGCGAACCUCGUCUCCUUCGACGGCACCUCUUUUGGUCUCGAGGACGCGAGCCGGCCCGGCGACGUCCUGCGCGUCGCCGCGCUGCUUCGUCCCGCCGCGUCGGGCGACGAGCACGCGGCGGAGCCGGCGUUCCCGCCGCGGCCGACGGCGCUCGCGAUCGAGGCGCGGCCGCCGCCUCGCGCCGCGGCGCGGCCUCGGCUCAUCACCGCGGCGCCGCAGGCCGUCGCCACGGCGGCGUGCUUCGGCGUCGGCACGGAGUGCGAGGCGAAGUUCCGCGGCCAGGACUACUACGCCGCGCGCGUCGUCGACUGCCGCUGGAUGAGCGUCGACGACCUGCGGGCCCACAUGCCGAAUCGCGGUCCCUACACUUCCGCCCGUGCCGUCUUCGCCGUGCGCUUCGCGGAGUCGGGCACCACGGAGCCCGGCCUCUUCGAGGAGGACCUGCGGCAGCCGUCGGCGAAGCGCCAGCGCAGGGCGACGGACCGCCUCGUCGCGGCGCCCGCGCCCGCGGAGCCGCCGCGGCCGGCGAAGCGCGCCAAGCCCGCCGCGCCGAAGGCCAAGGCCGCGCCCAAGGCCAAGCAGCCGCCGAAGAAGGCCGCGCCCAAGGCCGCGCCCAGGGCCGCGCCGCCGCCCGCCGACGACGGCCUCGCGGACCUGAGGCGCGAGCUCCUGCGCCUCGAGUCGGCGUCGCCCGCGCCGAUCGUCACGGCCGCGUGGCGCGGCGCGCGCGAGGCUUGGGUCCGCGCCGUGCGCACCGCGAAGUCCCCCCGCGCCGUCCUCGACCUCGCGGUGACCUUCGAGCGCGACGCCUGGAUCGACGCGGCCAAGUUCGAGACCUGGCGCGGCACGGAGCGCGGCGCCGAGAGCCGCCGCGCUGGCGUCUGCGCGGGCGUGUCGCGCGCCGAGUGGCUCGCUUCGAUCCGCGACCUCGGCGACGACCCGGACGCGGCCGACGCCGCCGCGCGGCUCCGGGAGCUCGAGGACUUCUCCGGCGACGGAACCGCGCGCGCGCCGCCCGCUCUCCCCGACGCGUCCGUCGACGGCGUGGCCGCCGACGACGUCCGCGCGCUCUGCGCGCUCCUGCCGACGCGGCAGCAGGCCCUCGACCCGCUCCACGCCAUGCGCUUCCCGGGCCUCGGCGCGCCGGUGCUCGUCGCCGACGUGUCGACGUGGCAGCUCCGCGCGGCGGCCUUCGCGGCGGCCUCCGGCGAAGCCGUCGUCGCGCGGCGCGGCCCGCCGGAGAAGCGGCUCCGCGUCGCCGAGGGCGUGAAGAAAGUGGUGCACGUCUCCGCGUCGGACGGCGACGACGCCGUCACGCUCAAGCGCCUCGCGAGCGACCUGAUCCACGUCGUCGCCGUCGACGCUGCGGACCCGCGCGGCGGCCUCGUCGGGCAGUCCAAGGCCAUCGCGAAGAUCGACGUCGCGAAGCACGAGGUCAUCGGCGCCUACGCGGGCCGCCUGUGGACGGACGACACGUUCCGGCAGGCGCGCGGCCACUCGAUUCCCGGAAUGAUCGAGCACGAACGCUACUCCUACGACCUCUUCGACGGCGACGACGCCAUGAUCGUCGACCCCUGGCCCGGCCUCAACGAGCCCAUCGUCGGCGGCGAGCUCAUGGCCAUCAACGACUGCCGCGUCGAUCCGCUCGAGGGCAACGCGGGCCAGAACCGCUACAACUGCGAGUUCGCCGAGGUGCACAUCCGCGGCUUCCCCCACCUCUUCGUCGUCGCGACCGCGACCAUCGCAAAAGGCGAGGAGCUCUUGAUCGACUACGGCCCGGCGUACUGGAACGGCCGCCGCGCGCUCGAGAAGUACCUCGAAGACGACGGCGACGAGUACAAGCAGGGCAUGUACAUCCACGCCGUCUACCCGAACGGCGAGUGCUCCCUCGGCUACAAGCGGGGCCGCGGCGGCUACUUCGAGGCGGUCCGCUGGACGGACGUCGUCGCGCCCUGGGACCUCGCGGACGAGCCGGCGCCCGACGCGGCCGAGCCGGCGGCCGACGCGGCCGCGCCCGACGAAACCGACGACGACGCGGCGGUCAUCGCGGACCGCACGUGCGCGGUCAUGGACGCCGUCGGAUUCUGGCACGACUGCCGGAACCAGCACUCGUCCGUCGACGCGGCGCUCCUCGAGUUGCUCGAUAACGUCGCGGACGAGCAGGCGACGCGCUGCGAGAUCUCCGUGCGCGCGGUCGACGGCGGCCGGAGCCUCGCCGUCGGCCUCCGCAACGACGUCCGCGGGCCCGAGGUCGCGCGCGUCGACCAGGCGCUCACGCUCGCGCAGUCGCUCAAGCGCGCGCGCGAACACGGACGGCUCAUCGGCGAGAACGGCGUCGGCCUCAAGGCGGCCGCGGCGAAGCUGGGGAACAGCGCGGUCGUGCUAUCCGUCCACCCGGCGCAGUCCGACUCGCGGAUCCGCCGCGAGGACGGCGCGACGGAGCGCGUGCCCCUGGGGAGCGUCGUCUUCACCGUCGGCGUCCUCGCGGAGCAGCUCCAGAAACGCGGCCACGCGCCGAGCCUGCCGCUGUGCUCGUUUCACGCGCCCGGCGCGUGCGACGCGAAGAAGGGAUCGCGCGCCAAGGCCGUCGCCGCGGCGUGGCGGGGCGCCAAAAGCCGACCGGCGGGGAAGCUCGUCGAGAAGGUGGCCAAGGCGCAGGGCCUGGCGGUCGCGGAGGCGUGCUGCGACCUCGCCGCGUUCUGCCUCGACGACGCCGGCGCGCCGCGCGACGCGUCGCGGCCGUCGGCCUUCGAAGUGAUUCUCGCGGAGACGGCCCUGCCGGCCCACGACCUCGCGGGCCGCCUCAAGGGCUUGCUCCGCGGGCCGACGUACCUCGAGCGCGGCUACGCGGCCGUCGCCGUCGACCCGAGCGGGUCGGAGACGGUGGCGCCGCACAGCUUGCUCCGCACUCUACUCGAGCCCGCGCGCGCGGAGGUCAAAGUCGGCCCGACGGACGACGACGUCGUGACGGUGCUCGCCGGCUUUUCCAUUUCGCCGGCGGACGUCGCGGCGGCCACGCGGCCGAGCCCGCUCCUCGUCUACACUUGCGGCCGCCUCGUGGAGCGCCACGACGACUGGCGCCUCGCGCUCGACCUCGAGGGACUACUACGCAUGCGCGCGAUUCGCAAGGAGUACUCGUAUGGCCUAACGGUCGUCAUCAUCGACAGCACUAAGGUCCUGAAGAAGACCCACACGAAGCAGCAGAUCGUCGACAACGAGGCGUUCCGCGCGGCGAAAGAAGCGGCGGCGCGCUUCGCCACGGACUACUACGUCGCGGUCCACAAAGCGACAUGGGGCGGGGGGCCCUGGCGCCUCGACAUCGCCACGAGCCUCGUGCACUACCUUGACGAGUGCGCGGACCGCGCCGCGGAGCGCGAGCCGUUGGACCCGCCGCGCCUGCGCGACGCGAACCUCGUCGCGCUCGAUCGAGGCGCGGCGAAGCUCGUCGCCGAGGACCCGAGCCGGCCCUGCGACGCCAUGCGCCUCGAGGCGCUCUUCCACGCGGACCGCGACGGGGCCCGCCGCCCCCGCCGCGGCGGCGCGCCCGAGCAGCCCCAAAAGGCGCGGCCGCCGCCGCGCGCCGCCGCCGUCGCGGCCGCGGCGCCGAUCGUGGCGCCCGAGAGCGUCGCCGCCGCGGCGCGCUUCGGCGUCGGCACGGUCGUCGACGCGCUCUUUCGGGGCUGCGACUGGUACGCGGCGAUCGUCACGUCCUACGAGUGGCUGGGCAAGGAGGCGCUCGAGCGCCAGAUCCCCGCGGGCGGGCCCUACGCCGGCGCCAAAGCCGUCUACGCCGUCCGCUACCUCGACGGCUCGGGCUCCGACAGCUGCCUCUUCGAGGAGUCGCUGCGCCUGCCGAACGCGCAAGGCAAGCGGGCGCGUGUCGAGCCGCGGCGCCUCGUCGCGGAAGACGAGGCGGCCUGGACGCCGCCGAGCUGGGGCUCGAAGGGGCCGCCGCAGAAAAAGGCGAAGAAGAAGGCGCCCGCGCCGAGAAAGGCCGCGCCGAAGCCCAGCGCCGGCGACGACGACGACCUCGACGCGCUCAAGCGCGAGCUUUUGGACAUCGAGGCCAACGGCGUCGCGGCCAUCGUCAAGCCCGCCUGGCGCGCGUCGCGCGACGAGUGGGUCCUCGACGUCCGCGACGCGCGGUCGCCGCGGUCCAUCCUCGAGCUCGCGAAAGUCUUCGAGCGCGACGGCUGGGCCGACGAGGCCAAGUUCGCGACGUGGCUCGGCGACGCGGCCGCGCUCCAGCGCAAGGCCGCGGGCGACUGCCCGGGCAUGUCGCGCGCGGAAUGGCUCGCCAAAGUCCAGAGGCUCUUCGACGCGCCGGGGUGCGUCGCGGCCGCGGCCGCGGAGGAGUCGCUCCGCGAGCUCGACUUCUACUUCUCCGACGGCGCCGUCGCGCGGACGGCCGCGCCGCCGCCGCCGGCGACGGGCGCGUCCGUCGACGGCCUCGCGCCGGGCGACGCCGAGGCGCUCGCCGCGCUCCUGCCCGCGCGGCGGCUCGGCGACGCGCUCCACGCCGCGCGGUUCCCGGGGCUCCGGUCGCCGCUCUUCGUCGCCGACGCGGCCUCGGACCGGCUCCGGGCCUUCGCCUUCGCGUCGCGCGCUCCCGCGGCGUCCGGCGACGACGUCGUCCUGAAGCGCGGGCCGCCGGAGAAGCGGCGCCGCGUCGUCGAGGGCGUCAAGCAAUGCGUGCACGUCGACGCGAGCGCCGGCGGCGACGACGCCGUCACGCUGAAGCGGUCGGCCUCCGACUGCAUCGACGUGAAAGCCGUCGGGGCGUCCGACCCGCGCGUGGGCCUCCGGGGCCAGUCGAAGGCCGUCGCGAAGCGCGAGCUCGCGGAGUUCGACGUCGUCGGCGCCUACUCCGGCCGCCUCUUCACGAACGACGCGUUCCGCCAGAAGCGCGGGGGCAGCCUGCCGGGAUUCAUCGAGCACGAGCGCUACUCCUACGACCUCUUCCUCAAGGACGGCGACGACGCGACGCACGCGACGCACCUCGUCAUCGACCCCUGGCCCGGCCGCGACGAGGACACCGCCGGCGGCCCGCUCAUGGCCAUCAACGACUGCCGCGCCGACCCGCUCGCGAGCAACGCGGGCCAGAGCCGCUACAACUGCGAGUUCUGCGAGGUAAUCACAAUGAUGAAGUUUUCGUUGCAUAUAGCGCCGGGGUCAUCGUCCGGCUCUCAGCGCGCGCAGCCUCUUCCAUCGUCGGGUCGUCCCAUCAUGUCGGUGCUCAAGCAGCCGCUCGUGCCGCAGCGCCAGCGCGCGACGCCGCGGCGCCUCGUCACGAACCCCGUGAAAGGCGGGAGGGAGCUCGCGAAGAGCAAGGACGCGCUCCACCGCGUCGCGGUCGAGAUCCGCACCCUGCGCCAGCGCAAGCAGCCGGCGAACGGCACGCCGGCCGCGCAGCUGGACGCGUUGAUGCAGUCGCUCUACGCGAAGGCGGGCCGCCUCAUCGACCUCCUCGCGGCGGACCUGUUCAAGUCCGACGACGACCUCUUCAAGGAGUUCAACAACAUGGACGCGAUCGAGCUGGCCGUGCUCGAGGUCCAGGAAGAGAGCGUCAAGGUCCUCCGCGGCGAGGUGUCCUUCGCGGAGGCCGCGCAGACGACGGCGCUGGCGUCGCUGGCGUCGAGCCGCGGCGCGUCGCUGCCCGAGUUGGUGAAGGAGUUCGAGCGCCACGUCGCCGUGGUCGUCGAGGACCACCGCGCGCGCGCGGCCUACGACCAGAAGAUCCGCGACGAGGGCUACAUGUGCACGGAUCCCUGGGGCAAGCGCAAGCACGUCUCCGGCGACGAUGUCGUCGCGCGGCGCGAGCGCCAGAAGAAGUACCUCGCCGACGUCGCGUCCGGCGAGCGCGUCAAGCCCAAGUACGACGAGGAGGAGCACGCCGAGUCGCUGAUCGAGAAGCUGGAGCGGAACCGAGGCUACGCCGACUCGAAGCGCGGCCUCAACGCGGCGCGCAUCGAGGAGAGCCACGACACGGCCACCGAGCUGCCGGCGGGCGUCGACCGCCGAACGGGCGGCCGCUACGCCAUCGCCUGCGACAUCGCUUCCAGGGCCGGCGUCGACAACACGCCCUCGACCGACCUCGCCGCCGUCGUCGCGCGCCUGGAGCAGGCGCGCGCGCUCGCCGGCGUGAAGGAGCGCGCGCCGCGGACGCUGCCCGCGGGCGUCGCCAAGUGCGAGAACGGCAAGUUCUGCACGAACUUCCAUUACGCGUCCGGCUCGGUCGCCCUGCGCGCCUGCGGCCGCAUCAUCUACUUCGAGACCGCCGAGGCGGCCGCCGCGGCCAUGGCGCGGUUCCGCGCGGCGUCCGCGGAGGAGCAGAAGGCGAUGCUGAGCCCCCAGCUCAAGUGCUGCAAGUGCGGGCAGCUGUUUCGGCCCAAGGCCAAGGGCAAGGCGCGCCUCGCGCGCCUCGAGGACCACGAGAAGACGUGCGCGCGCUAG